GAAGUGAUGACAGAAACGAAACUUCAACUCAGCUGAUAGAAGAAGCACGUAUUGUUGUUGAACUUAUAAAAUUUAAUAAACUUUGCUUGGAAAGUAUAAAAAUAUUUUGAGAAAAUAUCUUUCAAUUGAAAUAACAAAAUGGGUGUCGAUAUUUUGAGCUUCGCUUAUGCUGCUACUGUUGCCGCUGGCGGCAUUAUGGGUUACGCGAAAGCAGGAUCCAUACCUUCUUUGGGCGCUGGACUCAUUUUCGGAUCGAUCCUAGGUGUUGGCGCUUACCAGCUGAGCCAGGAUCCCUCAAACUACACUCUGAUGUUGGGCACCACAUCCGCUCUGGGAGGUCUCAUGGGAUACAGGUAUUACAACAGCAGGAAGUUCAUGCCAGCCGGUCUUGUGUUCUGCAUGUCAGUCGGUAUGCUUGCUAAAAUAGUAUUCAAACAUGUCAGCGCUCCAUCUGCUAUAGCUUCUAAAGGCUAACAAAACUCUAUGAUUGAACCUUUUUAGUCCCUAAUGCCCGAAUACUGAAAUGACAAUUUGAAGUCGCGCUUAAGUAUAGUUCUGUCACAACAAAUUCUUUGUAAAAUGAAAGAAAUGGCUAGAUAUUUAAGCACGACUUAAAAUUUCCAGUUGCUAACAACUACCAUAACAACUAUAUGGCAAUAGGUUCACCCCCUAUUACAUGGGACUCAUAACAUAAGUAGUGAAAAGUGGGUGUUACGUUGUACAG